CAUUUCAGGAGUUAUGGAUGAUACGGAGUUGUCCAACAUUGGAGUGAUUAGAUCAACAUGGAGGAGAUAAAAGCAAACAACGAUCAAAAUGUGGGAGAGGCAAAUCAAGAAAGAGCACCAAUGAAAAUAUUCUAUAAUGGUCAAGUGAUGAUGUUCAAUGAUUUUCCAGCUGAGAAGGCUAAGGAAGUUAUUGCAUUGGCUAUGAACACCCAAAUCCCCAACAUCUUACCUUGUACUGAUGCUAAUCCUGUUUCUAAGGCUGUUUCUGGUUUUGGAAAGCAGAUACCUUAUUCUGAUUUGCCCAUUGCUAGGAGGAGUUCCCUUGUCAGGUUCUUGGAGAAGAGAAAGCACAGGAUUACAUCCAAGGCACCAUACGAGAAAAGGAACUGUGUGGGGGGAGCUUCUUCAGAGCAAGAAAAAAACAAGGAAUGGCUGGGGUUGGCUGCCCAGUUUCCAGUGAAAUCUGAGGCUCAGUUAUCGUGAUUUUUGUUUGAUCAUUGAUGUGUAUAUGCUCUGAGAGCUUGAAUUAUAUAUACUUGAAUUGGGGCAUUAGAAUGGUUUAAUGGCACUUUAUUAGAAAUAUUGACUGUUUGUUUGUGUUAUGCCAUUCUAUUAUCAAUUAAU